AUGCUUCUCAACAAAAAGAAAAUCUCUCAACAGUAUUCCAAAUCUCUCACAGGAUCACUGUCACGUCUCGUAUCAGCUUAUUAUGCAACGGAUGAAAAUCGUAUAUAUGUAUACCCAGGACUUCUACAACCUCCACUUUAUUAUGAAAAUGGUAGUUUAGCUUCGAAAUUUGGAGCACUUGGUUGGAUUAUAAGUCAUGAGAUUAUGCACGGAAUAGGUAUCCAAGGUGUACUGUAUGAUGAGAAUCAGAAUAAACGGACUUCGUUCAGUGCUUUACUGUCAUCCGGUUUGAAACAUUUGAAUGCUUUAUGUCUGAGUCGUCAGUAUGCUUACUAUAGUUACACUGCUUUAAAAGCUUUUCGGACUGAUACUCAAGAAGAAAUGUUGGCUGACAAUGAUGGAUUAAAAGCGUCGUACCACACCUACAAGCGUUUGUUGAAGAAGUCAUCGAACAAUGUUAGCCAAGAUAACCACGAUUCACUUGAAUCUGAUCGACUGUUCUUCCUCUCGUCUGCACAAGCUAUGUGUGGACAUCAUGGUGAGGUAAUACUUGCACAAAAUGCAGUAGCUAUGCCUCAUGUCUUGGAAAAGUUUAGAGUCAUCGGGGCGUUGGUCAAUAGUAGAAGAUUCGCACGUGCAUAUGGUUGUCCAGUUGGUUCACCAAUGAAUCCUGUUACAAAAUGCGAUGCAUGGUAA